AUGCGGCACACAGUACCGGGAAGUAAGCAGGUACCCGUUGGUGGCAUCGAUGACCACGCCGUAGGCUUUGCGCGACUGGACGUUGGAAGAGUCCAGUGGAAGAGGAAUGGUGCUCUUGCACAGAACCAGCGAUCUGUCCAGCGAUUGACAUCCAGAAAACUCGGUGGGGAUGCCCACGAAGUUGACAUCGGUGGGGUUGAGCGGUUGUGGAGGCAGAGCGUCUUCUUGCAAAGUUUUGAAGUCCCAAAGACCAGACUCGUCGUUUCUCACUGCCUGUCUAAAACUCGAGUGCCAAUGGCGGUCGAUCUGGACAAACUUGAUAAGUGGAACGUGGAGAUCUGUGAGAUGGCGGCAUUUCAGCGUGACAAACGCCUUGUCGGGAAUUUUCUUCAUCACCUCGACAAACUCGUCCAGAUUCGACACCUCUGUUCCGUCCACCUCGUCCAGAAGCCAGCCGUUCGGAACGUUUUGGCCCAGCACAAAGGAGCCCGAAGCGUUGCUGACAUGGACCCCCUUCACGGCAAUUGCAUAUAUUCUGGCCAUUUGGUAGCUCAAAUCGUUGAACGUGGCUCCACAAACAUUGACGUACCGACUUGGCGUGAUUGCAUGAAGAUCGCCAACUUUGCACUUCACAGUGAUGUCCUUACCUCCUCUCUGAAUCACGAUCUCGAUCUCGUUGCCAACGUUGGAGUCUUGGAUCUCGUCCACGGUGAUAAACGUGGAUAUGAGCUGUCCGUUCACCGAUAUCAAACAGUCACCUUCUUUGAUGAGCCCGUCAGCAGGCCCUUGUGGAAGCGUAACGGCCGAAACAAGAAGCCCGUUCAGUUCAGGAAACGUCUCUCUCAUGAGCUUCUCCGAGUCUGGACGCAGACCCAGACGACGACACUUGUCAAACGGCUCCAAAAGCCACUGGACCUGGAUAGUUCCGCGCGUGACGGGCUGGCCGCUCUGGAUGCAGCGCAGGGCACCAGCCUGCAAAUACUCGGUGUUGAAGUCGUUGUAGGAGUUGAUUCCGUAGUCUGGAGCGUUUCUGUCGAGUCUGGAGAUAAAUCCAGACAAAAUCGACAGCUUUUCACCAGAGUCGUUACCGAUAACCAUGAUCUCGGCUCCAAUCUUGGCCAGAUCCGGUCUCAACUGGAGCUCGCGCACCUCCAUGUACUUGAUAUCCUUUGGGUUAUAUUUGAGGAACCCGAAAUCGUGAACCGGGUCUCUGUAGAUGGGUUUGACCUCGCAUUCCUCGUGGUUAUCGAACACGGCGUAACCGAUAAAGGGCCCUGGUCCAACAACGUGGCGGUUUGUGAGGAUGAUUCCGCGCUCCGCGUCCACCACAAACCCGGUGGCCUCGCUACACAGCGCGCUUUCGGUGUCGAAACUGACCACCUGUGCAAAAUGGAUAGAAACCACCGUCUUGACCACUGUCUCGACAAUAUGCUGCCAUUUGGGGUGAUCUCCAGCCUCGAUCUCGGCCACAAACUCCUCAUCUCCAUCGUCCAUGCUGACGUCCUCGUACUUCAGCUUCUUGGCCCCGUCGGCACGGCCGUUGGUCUCGUGAUCCCCGCCCCGUUUAUGGGGAAUCUGCUCGACAUCUCAAAAAACAGCACAGAUGACACCGUCCGAUCUCCAGCUGCGCAGCCAGCGGACAGCUCGACUUGGACGACAGAUACAGGCCUCCAUCAGAGAAAUGGCCUGGACUCUGUCGUCGUUGGAUCUGGACAAACGGCACGCAUCUUUGAACAGAGCAAUGGCAUCCUGGACCUUCUGUUGUUGCAAGUAGAUCUGUCCAAGGUUGAUUCUGGCCACCUCCGACUUUGGAUCAAGCUCACAUGCCUUCUUGAGGAUCUCUUCGCAUCCAACAAUGUCCUUGUUGACCUGGCAGAUGGCAGACUUGUUUAUGAGUGGCAGAGCACCAAUGUUGAAAGUUGGCAGGCUCUCUUGCAAUCUGGCCGAGAUCUCGAACUGUUUGGCGGCUCCGCCGUAGUCUUGUCUGUCGAACAGAAUCUCUCCGUAGUAGUUUGGCACCUCGGACGAGGUUGGGAACCGUUUCUUGGCAUCCUUGAACUGCUCGUCGCACGAGUUGGUGUCACCGUUUUUGUACGCGAUACAGGCCAAUUGGAUGUAUCCAAACACGUUGUCCGGGUUGUACAGCUUGGACUUCUCGAAGUUCUCUUUGGCCUUCUCCAAAUCGCCCAUCAGGUAGUACAGCUGACCGUAGUGGUAGUAAAUGUCAGGGUCUUCUGGGUUGAGCUUGAUGGCCUGGGCAAACGCCUGGUCAGCAGAAAGGAAAUCACCUUUGUCGGCGUUGACAAGUCCCAAAAGAACGUGAGUUCUACCUCUUGGGUUCAAUUGCAAAGCCUUGUUCAAGUUGGAAACAGCAGACUCGCUCUCACCCUUGAGGAAAUCAAAGGUACCUUGGUACUCGUAAGCAAGACCAGCGUGUUUGGAGUCGGCCUUGGGUGGGUCCUUCUCGUAGCUGGCAAUGGCCUGGUGGAUCAAAACGUCUGCCUUGACGUAGUCCUCGUAGGUGUCCUUGGCGAUCUCGGUCAAGGCCUUGGCCAGGAAUUGAGAGCAAGAUUGGUCCUCGUACUUGGAUUCGUCGGUGUCAACGUUCUCCUUGGCGAAAGCACCAAAGAACGACGAAAUAGAAGAGGAAGAAGGAAGCUCCUUUGGAAGAGUGGAAUAUUGCUCCUCGUUGAUCUUGUUGGCCAGUUUCUUCAAAUUACGCUCCAAGAUGGACUCUGGAGAUUGAUCAUUAAGACCUCCGUAGAUGGUCAAUGCUGUGAGGUCGUAGAUGGCCUCCUCGUACUUCUCGAUGUUCUCAUAAGCAUGGGCUCUUCUCAACAGACACUUUGGAUAACUUGGGUUCAACUUCAAUGCCUCGGUACAGUCAUCAAUACACUUUUGGUGCUCGCCCUGUGCGGCAUAAGCAGCUGCUCUGUUAGCGUAAAAGACAGGAUCAGCUUUGCACAAAAGAGCCAGGGUGUAGCACUGGAUGGCUGGCUUGAAGUCCUCUGCCUUAUAGUACUGGUUUCCGGUCUCUUUCAAAGCCAAUGCCCAUUCGGAUUGUUGUUGUUUGGUCAUCUUGGUGACCAACUCUUCAGUAACGUUCGGCAGUCCAGUGGUGGAGUCGAUAGGAAUGUCCGACGAAGGCCAGUUGGCGUGAACAACCGUGCCGCUCUUCUCGGACUUCUUCUUCUUCUUGGUGGCCUUGGACUUCUUCUUCGGCUUAAGCGACUCAGAGUCGUCCAGACCGGCGUUCUGCUGGCUCAUGUAGUAGAGCAAUCCGGCCACCGAUCCGGCUCCAACAACAGCCGUGACGGCCACAGCGACUUUAUGAGCCUGAAUGAAUCUUGA